ACACAAUAUACAUAAAACAAAAAUUGCAGGUGUACUUGUUUAGCGCUCCCUCCAAAACGGUGACACACUCAAAGUCUUGCACAGUUGACAAGUAUCACCGGGAACGAAAACCCAAAAAAAAAUAAAAAUUAUACUUUCGAUUUUUCUCACCGUCGUUCUUCUAUGCAAUGUAGGUCAUCGGAGAAUGGCCAAAUGUCACCGGAGCAACGUUGAUUCAAUAGCUCUCAAUCAACGCCACCAUGCCAAAAACACCACCGCCGACAACUUCUGCAUCUCCGCCUCGUCGAUCCGCCGCAUCAUUUUCGACGCCGUGAGCUGCGGCGGAACUUCUCGCCACCGACAUCGCCAACGCGAGGAACUCCACAGCGACAUUAGCUCUUCUUCUUCGGCGGCAAGUUUUGCAUCCGUUACCGUUAGCCACAAAGAAAAGAAGCAUGUUCAAGAAGAGAAGCAUGAGAAGCUACUGGAUCUCCUGAACGUACCGGUGCAUGUAACGGAUGCGGAAUCGAAGAAGAAGGAAGAAAUGUUGUUAGAGCUGAAGCAAGUGGUGAAAGAAUUGCGCGAUGAGGACUCGACGAAGCGGAGAAUGGCGGCGGCGAGAGUAAGGUUACUGACGAAAGAUGAUACCGAAGCGAGAGGCUCACUCGCUAUGCUCGGAGCAAUUUCUCCACUCGUUGGAAUGCUUGAUUCAGAAGACCUUCAUUCUCAGAUCGAUUCUCUUUAUGCAUUACUCAAUAUCGGAAUCGGCAACGAUGCAAAUAAAGCAGCGAUUGUAAAAGUUGGUGCUGUUCAUAAGAUGCUGAAGCUAAUUGAAUCACCCGGUGUUGUUGAUUCAUCAGUUUCUGAGGCGAUUGUUGCGAAUUUCCUUGGAUUGAGUGCUUUGGAUUCUAACAAACCAAUAAUUGGAUCCUCUGGUGCAAUACCUUUUUUAGUUAGAACCCUUCAGAAUCUAGAUAAAAGUAGUAAAACUAGUUCCCAAGUUAAGCAAGAUGCUCUUCGAGCUCUUUACAAUCUUUCGAUCAAUCAGACCAACAUUUCGUUCGUUUUGGAAACCGAUUUGGUAUUGUUUAUGAUAAACUCAAUUGAAGAUAUGGAAGUGAGUGAGAGAAUCCUUUCAAUUCUAAGCAAUUUGGUGUCAACUCCAGAAGGUAGAAAAGCUAUCAGUGCUGUUAGGGAUGGAAUAGCAAUUUUGGUUGAUGUAUUGAGCUGGACAGAUUCGCCUAAAUGCCAAGAGAAAGCUUCAUACAUUUUGAUGAUCAUGGCACACAAAGCCUAUGCUGAUAGGCAAACCAUGAUUGAGGCCGGGAUUGUGUCGGCUUUGCUCGAGUUGACGCUUGUAGGUACUGCAUUGGCGCAGAAAAGGGCAUCAAGGAUAUUGGAAUGUUUUAGGGUAGACAAAGGGAAGCAGGUUUCUGGGAGAUGUGAUGGUGGAAACUUAAGUUUAACUGUCUCUGCACCUAUUUGUGCCUCGUCGUCUUCGACGGAUGGAGGAGGUAAAGAGUAUUUAAUGGAGGAGGUGAACAUGAUGAGCGAUGAAAAGAAAGCAGUGAAGCAAUUAGUUCAGCAGAGUUUGCAGAACAACAUGAUGAAAAUAGUCAAGAGGGCUAACUUGCGUCACGAUUUCGUUCCUUCUGAGCAUUUUGCUUCACUCACUUCGAGUUCGACGUCAAAGAGCCUUCCAUUUUGAAAAUCUGCAGCUGCUGAUGAACAGAGUUAAGUUUAUGAACCAUGAAAUUAUCCUCCAUAGCAUAAUUACAUUGAUCUUUUGGUCUUGUAACUGUUUUACUAGCAGUGGUGUAAUUUGUUAAACAUUUACUGUGGGAUUGUUGGCUGUAAAAUCCUUUAAUUUUGCUAGUUAAGUAAAUGCAUUAAGUACUCAUUAAUUAUUUA